GAGAGAGAGAGAAACAGGGAGAGGGAAAGAAAAAAAGAAAAAAAAAAGAGAGAGACACACGCACACGCAUACGCGUACUCAGAUUUCCCCCACCUAUAUACAUACUGUUCAUAGAUCACCGGAAAUUCUUCGACUUUAUUAAAAGCACCAAUAGCAAAGCACAUUUUUCAUAGGGGCUAUUUCAAUUUCCACUUCUUCUUCACUUUUAUUCUACCGAUAUAAAAGCCGCGAUUUUUCGACAAAACCAACAUGCCCGUCUUACUCGGACGAGUCUCUUUCUACUACGGCUUCUCAAGGAUCACAAGAAGACAGACAAGUAAUAUACGAAAUUUUUCGAUCGUUUCUUGUAACAGUGUUAAACCACGUAAAUCAAUUGGAAAUCAUCUUCGAUAUACCCUACAAUUUCGUCGAUCCAACUAUCACGAAUUGAUCACGGAUUCUUCAGGAUCGAUAAAACGUACUUACUUAUCGAUAUCGUCGCAUACUAUUCCCGCCAACUACAAAAGUAUCAUACUCAAUCGAAACAUGCCGUACGCGACCGACAUUUACUAUCCACAAGUUUCGAAUUUGGUUACACGUGCUGCAGAAGCAUUGAAUAAUGGAUACGAUUGCAUUGGUAAAAUCCCGUUACUGAAUGCACCGAGCAUACCGCUUUCGUCAAAAAUUCGUAGUUAUAUAGAGGAGUGUGCUACUCGGUGCUUGCCCAAGGACAUUUACAUAUGUAAUGGAAGUGAUACUGAACAUGCAGAAUUAUUGAAACUUCUCGAAAAAAAUAAAACGAUUCAACCGUUACCAAAAUACGAAAACUGUUGGUUGGCCAGAACGAAUCCAGCGGACGUAGCACGCGUCGAAAGCCGUACGUUUAUUAGUACGGAUAAACAAAAUGAUACAAUUCCAACACCUAGAAAAGGCGUCGUUGGUGAACUUGGAAACUGGAUUUCGCCUGUUGACAUGGACAAAGCUAUUCUCGAACGAUUCCCAGGUUGCAUGAAAAAUCGUACGAUGUAUGUGAUACCCUUUAACAUGGGACCAAUUGGAUCACCGCUUGCUAAGAUAGGUAUAGAGAUAACGGAUUCUCCUUACGUUGUCUGUUCGAUGAAGAUCAUGACGAGAAUGGGUACAAAAAUUUUGGAAAUACUCGGUAACGACGAUUUCGUCAAAUGUUUACAUUCGGUUGGUACACCCAAAGCCGAUUCGAAUGUUACCGUUUAUCCAUCCUGGCCAUGUGAUCCAGAGAGAACCAUUAUCCUUCAUAAGCCCGCGAAAAACGAGAUCGUUUCGUACGGUAGUGGUUACGGAGGUAACUCUCUGCUUGGUAAAAAAUGUCUCGCUUUAAGAAUUGGAUCAACGAUUGCUAGAGACGAGGGAUGGCUAGCCGAACACAUGUUGAUAUUAGGAAUCACCAAUCCAAAUGGUAAAAAACGUUAUAUAGCCGCUGCGUUUCCAAGUGCCUGUGGAAAGACAAACUUGGCAAUGAUGAAACCAACUCUUCCGGGUUAUAAAAUUGAAUGUGUGGGAGACGAUAUCGCUUGGAUGAAAUUCGACGACGAAGGUAGGCUUCGCGCGAUUAAUCCAGAAUAUGGAUUCUUUGGUGUAGCUCCAGGAACAAGUAUGGCGACCAAUCCCAAUGCUAUGAUGACGAUCUUUAAAAAUACUCUCUUUACAAACGUUGCUGCUACAAGUGACGGUGGUGUUUUUUGGGAAGGAAUGGAGAAAGAAAUAAACGAUUCCAUCGAAAUAACCGAUUGGCGAGGUAACAACAAAUGGAAGAGCACUUCAAAAACUCCGGCUGCUCAUCCUAAUUCAAGAUUCUGUACACCUGCGAAACAAUGUCCGAUAAUCGAUCCAGCUUGGGAAGAUCCAAAUGGUGUCCCGAUCGAUGCGAUACUCUUCGGUGGUCGCAGACCAGAAGGUGUCCCAUUGAUAUACCAAGCACGAAACUGGCAACACGGUGUUUUCAUUGGAGCGUCGAUGAGAUCCGAAGCAACUGCUGCUGCUGAAUACAAGGGCAAAAUGAUUAUGCACGAUCCGUUCGCAAUGAGACCCUUCUUUGGAUACAAUUUCGGACAUUAUGUCAAUCAUUGGUUGAACAUGGCUAAUGUGAAAAACGCUAAAUUACCUGCUAUAUUUCACGUUAAUUGGUUUAGAAAAGAUGCCAAUGGUAAAUUUCUUUGGCCGGGAUUCGGUGAAAAUUCACGUGUUUUGGAUUGGAUCCUUCGUAGGAUCGACAAUGAAAACAUAGCGAGAAAUUCUCCGAUUGGUCUUAUACCGAAAAUCGACUCGCUUAAUCUGAAAAAUUUGAAAGAGGAUAUUGAUAUGGAUGAAUUGUUCAGGAUACCUAAAUCUUUCUGGCAAAAAGAGGUGAAAGAUUUAAGGGAAUACUUCGAUGCACAAGUUGGUAAAGAUCUUCCGAAAGCUAUCCUGUCCGAACUCGAUCAUCUCGAAAAACAUCUUAAUAAGAUUUAAGAUCCUUUCUAUGAUCUCGACUCGACUGAAAAUUUGGAAAAUUUAAUAAUGGAAUAUUUGUUCUUCCUGAUUCUUCCUGACCUAAGAAAGAUCUAUGAUCCAUAAUAUAAAUUUCCUUGAUAAAUUUA